UUUCCAAUAUUCUAACGUGGGUAGCACAGAGACAUAAUUUGAAGCAUCUGGUUCCUUCAUAAGCAUUCAAGUUCUUCAAGAUCUAAUCCAAGCCCUUCCAUUAACAACCGGCCGGCCGCUAUACACAUUUCUCUUCAUUGAUUCUUCACUCUCUCCCAUCUCCGUCUUCAAUUUUUCUCCUAUCUGUUUCCAUAUAAUUCAAUUCUGCUGAAACUGAUAGUUACGAAGGGAUCGGAGGACAAAAAAAUGUUGGCCAAGGCAGAUCCUUCUCAGAAAUUGUAUACGCGUAUGAGAUUAUGGGAGUAUUCUGAUCAAUUUGUUGUGGAGCCUAGUGAUGGUUCUUCUGGAUCUUGUUUGGCAAUCAGUCGUCUUAAUGGGGCCCUGACUCUCCUUGAUGAACUUCCAAACUCUACUGGCCACUCUCCAAAAGUUCAGACCAUUUUUGGUGUUGUUGGGAUGCUAAAGCUUUUGGCAGGAUCAUAUCUAUUUGUCAUAUCUGAACGUGAAUGUGUUGGAUCCUACUUGGGUCAUCCCAUUUUCAAAGUUUCAAAGUUAAAAGUCCUUCCAUGUGAUCAUUCAGUGAAAAACUCUCCUGAAGAACAGAAAAAGACAGAGUCCGAGUUUUCUGCCAUGUUAAAAGUUGCAGAGAAGACUCCUGGCCUCUACUUUUCAUAUGAUGUUAACAUAACAUUAAGUGCACAACGGUUGAAUGACUUGGGUGAUGAAUCGAGGCUUCUUCCUCUUUGGAGACAGGCAAAGCCUCGUUUUCUUUGGAACAAUUAUAUGUUGGAAAUUCUCAUUGAUAGCAAGCUUGACAAGUACAUGCUUCCUGUCAUCCAAGGGUCUUUUCAGAACUUUCAGUCAACUAUUGGAAAAGAUACAAUAGAUGUCACCCUAAUUGCAAGAAGAUGCACUAGGAGAACUGGGACACGAAUGUGGAGAAGAGGAGCUGAUUCUGAUGGCUAUGUUGCAAAUUUUGUUGAAAGUGAACAAAUUGUAAAAUUAAAUGGAUUUACUGCAUCUUUUGUGCAGGUCCGAGGAUCAAUGCCAUUCUUAUGGGAACAAGUUGUUGAUUUGACAUAUAAGCCUAAGUUUCAGAUUGUGAAACCUGAAGAAGCACCUCGAGUUGCUGAGAGGCAUUUUCUGGAUUUAAGGAAGAAAUAUGGAAAUGUCAUAGCUGUUGAUCUUGUCAAUAAGGGUGGUGGUGAAGGGCGAUUAUGUGAAAAGUACGCCUCUUCAAUACAAAAUAUUCUUAGUGAUGAUUUGAGAUACGUUCACUUUGAUUUCCAUAAGAUCUGUGGACACAUGCAUUUUGAACGCCUAUCUCUCCUUUAUGAUAAAAUUGAGGAAUUCCUUGUUAAUAAUAGGUAUUACUUGCUAAAUGAUAAAGGUGAAAAGAUUGAAACCCAAAUUGGAGUUGUAAGAACUAAUUGUAUUGAUUGCUUAGAUCGCACAAAUGUUACACAGAGUAUGAUUGGGCGUAAAAUGUUGGAACUCCAACUUCAAAGGCUUGGUGUUUUUGAUGCUGAAAAAAAAAUUAGCUCUUAUCCUAAUUUUGAUGAUUGCUUCAAAAUAUUAUGGGCAAAUCAUGGGGAUGAUAUAAGCAUUCAAUAUUCUGGCACCCCUGCUUUGAAAGGAGAUUUUGUCAGAUAUGGAAAAAGGACAAGCCAAGGGCUUGUUAAAGAUGGUAUAAGCGCCCUAACGCGCUAUUACCUCAAUAAUUUCAUUGAUGGGACAAAACAGGAUGCAACGGAUCUACUACAAGGACAUUACAUUGUUUCCGUGUCUAGAGACAUGGCUCCAAAAAAGCCCAAAAAGAGGGUCGAGUCCUAUGCAUCUUUCCCUCUUGCUUUUGCAUUGAUAGCCAUGGGAUUCUUUUUCGCCAUGUUGUCACUAAGGCAAGUUCGAAAUGAUAUUUGGCAACUAGUAUUUUCCCUAUUUUGGGGGGGAUUAAGUUUAGCAAUAGCAGCAUUUGUGAAAGCUAAUGGUCGGGUUUUCUGUAAUCGACCCCGUCUACACAUACCUUCAUGAUAUGAUUUUGGCUUGCAACCAAGGAACUCAUUUUUUGGCCUCUUGGAAGAGAAAGAG